ACCAUAAUAACUUGGAAGCAAUGACCCUCUUUUCUGCUCUAAAAUGCAUGGCAGCUGACCUAAAAUAAUUAAGAUUAUGGUAAAAAUACGGGCGCGACACACAUAGAGAGCGGCGCGUGGCGGGAGGUUGAUCUCGGUACUUACGUAAAAAAGAGUGCGCGAGCGCAGGACGGUCAAACGCACGUUGCGAUGAAUCGUGUCGCGUGGUUGACGUGUGCGCUUCUCUCGGUCGUCGGCGCGCGUAUCUACGAGCGCUGUGAGCUAGCUCGCGAGUUAGAGUCGCUCGGAGUGCACCCUGAUGACAUCUCCACCUGGGUGUGCAUCGCUUACCACGAAUCACGCUUCGACACCAAUGCCAACAACCCUUACAGCGGUGACCAUGGCAUUUUUCAAAUCAGUGAACUCUACUGGUGCGGCCCCGGCAAGGCGUGCGGUCUGCCAUGCUCCGCAUUACGUGACGAAGACAUCUCCAAUGAUGUCGAAUGUGCGUUGAUAGUGCACGAGGAACACACUCGGCUGCAGGGUAACGGAUUCCUGGCGUGGGUAGUGUAUCCACAACAUUGCAAACAUAACACUAAGAAAUAUCUCGUGGACUGUGAUACUAAUGUGAAGAGUUCAGUGCCCAUUACAAGAUCUCGAGGUUACAAUUACGUGGACAGUAACGACGAGCAGAAUGUUACGACAUACAGACAAAAUACAAAUAACGGUCUGCCGUCAUUUUUAUCGAUUGCAGCCAUCGUUAGAGAAAAUUAUGGUAAAGUGUCCGAUCCAAGCAGAGGACGAGUAGAUUGGACUAAUUAUAAAAUUGACAACAUUGAUGAACUGAAACUGCCGGUGCUUAACCAACCAUCGCAGCACAUCAGCCUGCCACCUACGUAUGCACCACGCCCCACCACCACCACGACAACAACUACCACGACGUACGUACCGCCCGUGAAGCCGUGGAGGACGAUCGAAACUAAUCAGUUUAGGAAGAAACAUCGCAAUGGUGAUACACAAAAGACUACGAAAUAUUACGAUAUCGGAUACGAUAGAUAUUACACACCGAGCACGGCAUCGGUAGCAGCUACUGUUCGUCCCAUAUUCUAUGCAGCGAGCACGCCUGUACGCAAUGUAACUACUACUACGUUAAGACCUACGACAAGGAGCACCACUGUAACUACAACCACUUGGAGACCACCUACUACUACCACUACAUACCGGCCACCUACUACCACUACAUACCGGUCACCGACUACCACGUACCGUGCACCCACGACUACGACGACAUACCGGCCAAUAACUUCAUCAAGCUCUUUCUACAAAUUUCCAUCUUCUACAACAACAAUCAGGACACUAAGUCCGUUCUCGUAUAAUUUCUCCGGAUUUAAAUCAACAACUAGGCCAUCUCCUUCUUCAGCGAGAACGACAUGGAAUUGGCAAUUUACUUCGCCCACGACGAAACCAAGCACGACUUCUAUUGCUCCUCGAGCAGUCACCACUACUUACAAACCUAUGACUACCACUCAGAGACCAACCACUCGUCCAACAGUUACAUCAACAACAGCUAGAACACCAUGGACUUGGCCUGCCUUCACACAGAGAUCCACGACCAGUAAAUCGACAACAAAACCCAAAUCAGACUUCUCAUGGUACACGUUCACAUCACGAACAUCAACAACGCCGGCGACGCCGAAACUGCAGACUGUCUCAACGAAAACUACACCAUUUACAUUCUGGACUAAAGCACAGAGCACACUAGCAAACACGACCCAGGACAGAACUACUAAAACAUCAUCAUACUCUACUGUGAAACCUCAAAUCACCUCAACACAGAAACCAACGACUCAGUCAAUAUUCGACCUGUAUCUGAAUCCUACGAAACGACCACAGUUGCCCAGCUAUAGUUUCAGCUGGGGACAACCUAGGCUACAAAUCUUCGGCAGCGGCACUACAACGGCACCAACAGUGUCACGGGGACAGUAUCAACAAAAUAAAAACACGUGAAACUCGUACGUAGGUUUUUAAUCAAUCAGUGGUCUCAGUUAUCACAAAUACCUACUUAAUUAUAGAUAAGUUCGUCAUAAUCGUAUUAUUAAUAUUACCUUGUGAUUCCUUCACAUUAACACGUGUCACAUUGUUUACAACUUAUAAGUUAGAACUUGUCAUCAAGAUUUUUAUCCUAACAUUGUAUUAUCUGCGCAGGAAAAAUAACUGCUUUGUAUUUAAAUGUCAGUUGCGCAAACGCAUUAUGUAUGUCUAUUGCGACGGACACCGUCACGACGGGGAUUGCUCUUACUGUGUAAAUAUAAAUAUAAUUAUGCAAAAUAUGCGAAUGUUUAUUUGUAAUAUUAUACCAAAAAGCAUUUAUUUACUUUUUUAUGUGUACAUUAAAGAAGAUUUUUUAUA